AUGGUUGUCAGUUUAACAGUGCUGAAUUCUAUUGGAGGAUUGCUGAUCUCUAUUGUCAUCAAAUACGCCGACAAUAUUCUGAAGGCAUACGCACAGGUCAGCAUCGCCAUUAUUGGAGCUGCAAUUGGAUCGUGGUUACUGUUCGACUUCAUACCUGGUUUCUUUUUCUCGCUCGGCACCAUCUUGGUAAUGGUGUCAGUAGUCGUGUAUACGAUGUAUCCAUACGAACCGCCUGGAUUCGAUUUUAAUCGAUUUAGCAAUUAUAACUCAAACCUUCUGAUGAUCAAACCUACCAAAAGCGAUGAGCUUUGA